CAGCUUGUGUCCACUGACGUCACUCGCGGGAAUGGUUGAGAAAAAGAAGCGCGAUAUAGAAUCUUGAGCGUGGAGGAAUUGUACCGCCUAGUUCUUGUGCUCUUUUUAAUAAAAGUAUUUAGUGCAUUUGAUUGACCAUCUUAUUAACAUCACAGAUGUUUUUGCUUUUGAUUGCACAGCGUCAUCGUAAAAGUCUGUUUUAUUGGUGAAUUGUGAUAAAUAUAAGGGACAUGUCGUGGUGGGCUCGUGGUGAGGACGAGGAGGAGGCCAUGUGUCAGGACACAGAUUCAGAUGUAGCAGACCAGAAAGAUUGUGGAAAAGUGAAAGUGAAAUGGACCCAAGAGGAGGAUGAUAAGCUGCGAAAAUUGGUGAUCAGUGUUGGAUCAAAUGAUUGGAAGUACAUUGCCAGCUUAUUAACUAAUCGCUCAGAACAUCAGUGUCAGCAUCGCUGGUUUAAAGUUUUGGAUCCAGAUCUUGUUAAAGGCCCCUGGACCAAGGAGGAGGAUGAAAAGGUGAUUGAGCUGGUGAAAAAGUACGGCAACAAGCAGUGGGCAAUGGUGGCCAAGCACCUGAAAGGCCGUCUAGGAAAGCAAUGUCGAGAACGCUGGCACAACCACCUGAAUCCAGAUGUGAAGAAGUCCUCCUGGACUCCAGAGGAAGAUCUCAUCAUCUACAAGGCCCAUUGUGUACUGGGCAACCGCUGGGCGGAGAUUGCCAAGCUGCUUCCUGGAAGAACGGACAAUGCGGUGAAAAACCACUGGAACUCCACCAUCAAGCGUAAAGUUGAGACAGGUUAUUACUCUGUGGUAGACACAACACUUCAUGUGAUACAGCAGACAGACAAUGAAGUGGUGGUACCUGAAGAGUCCAGUCAACAGGUGGAGUUUUCCUGUGAUGGAGCUAAACUUGGACUUGGCCUACCAGUCCAAGUUUUAAAACAGGAUCCUGAUGCACCUGAAAAAGCCAGUGCUAUACCCAAAACUGCAUCUCCAAAGACCCCAAAAGCACCAGCAACCCCUAAAAGUGAAAGUGAUGGUGGAGACUCGAAUGUUUCCACAUGGGUCAUGGACAGCUCAGGGUUCCUCUCGCCUUCGGCUGCCCCCACACUGAAGGAGGUGAUGGAGCUGAUGGAUGGAGACCUUGAAGGCUGGUGUACAAUGUCAGACUUUGACCUGCCGGAGGAAAGCCAGAGUUCUGAACUGCUGCAAUUUCGGCUGGAGGGGAGCACCUUGCACGAGCUCAGCAAGGGAAGUAAAGGGGAACUCAUCCCCAUCACACCUGGUGGGGCGACACCUCCAUCUAUCCUGAGUCGCCGUAGUCAUCGCCACAUCGCUCUCUCCCCCAACCCUAAUGACUCCAUUACCCCAAAGAGCACACCUGUCAAAAUCCUGCCCUUCUCUCCUUCACAGUUCCUCAAUAUGUGGACCAAGCAGGACACCCUGGACCUGGAGAAUCCUUCUCUGACAUCAACUCCAGUGUGCAGCCAGAAGGCCCUUGUCACAACACCCCUUCACCGUGAUAAAACUCCACUCAUACAGAAGGAGAAUUCCCUGUUUAUUACUCCAAAUAACAAGUCUGAUCUGGACACCACUCCCCGUACUCCCACUCCUUUUAAAAAUGCCAUGGAGAAAUACGGCCCCUUGCGGCCGCUGCCUCCAACCCCGAGUUUAGAGGAGGACCUUAAAGAAGUGUUGCGCAGUGAGGCAGGAAUUGAGCUGAUAGUAGAAGAUGAAACUCCUACUGGGAAGAAACGCAAACAAGUGCACCGGCCUCCUAUGAAGAAAGUCCGUAAAUCUUUGGCUCUAGAUGUCAUUGAUUGCAGCGAGACUGUCACUAUGCGCAAACAGCAAUCUAGACUCGCAGUAAAAACAAUUCAAAAGGCUCAAACAGCAUGGUCACUGUCUCUUGUCUCGUCUUGUGCUGUAAUAAAGGAGGAGAAUGUUUUGGAUCAAGGAUUUAUUCUUGGACCGAAUGAGAGUGAGCUGCCCACCAAACCCAUGCCUCCAGCAUUUAAACUGCGUUCUCCAUUACCUAUGUCUCCAGCUUGGGAAACUGUUGUCUGUGGACGGACAAAAGACCAGCUGAUCAUGACGGAGAAAGCAAGAUGUUACCUUUGCUCUCUAAAGUCUCAUGCACCAAACCGAGCUCUCAUACUGUCCUGACUCCUUAAGCAGCUUUGGUAUCAAUUUUGCAGUAAAUUAUGUGGAAUAUUUGUGAUGAUAAAAUUUUUUAAUGUCACGUAGCAUUUGUAAAACCAAUUACUGUUCCAGAUUUGCAUCUGGAUAGAGACUUGAUGUUGAUAAUGCUCUUGUCCAAUUUCCUAUGGCAUAUUCAAAAUACCACAUUCAAAAUACAAUCUUCUACCAUUUAACACUGGAUAAUAAGUGUCCAUAAUUUGUGUAUUGUCAACAUGUUAUUGACUUGGCAGCAAACAUGUUCACAAGCAUUCUGCUGUCAGUAUUCAGUGGCACACGUGCCAAGUUCCGAGUGUGUAAUCAGGGUGCUGUUCAGGGUUUUCUGUAUCUUUUAUAUCCUGUUUACAUCUGUAUUUCUAUAACGAUAGGGCUUAAUCUACUAGACACGUCAAUGACCAAUUAGCAGUAUAUACAGUUUACACGUAUUAAAAGUAAUGGGUAGACAUUCCUGUCUUUUUCUUUAAUUUGUUGAUGUUUGUAGAAUAUUAUAAUUGGAAAAAAAAGUCCUCAAAUUUCAUUUUUACAAAGCUCCAAUGUAAAUAUAAAUAUGUGACUUUA